CUCAGGUGCUCGCUAAUUGGCCUCGCAAAAUGUGGCGCAAGGAUAUGCCAGGACCUACCCGCAUAUGUAAUGUGUAUAUACUUGCAUAUAUACUUCAGUUAAUCUCAGGUGGUUGCGCCUUGGUGCACGACGAGCUGCCGCAAUGCACGCUCCAGGGCGUCUAUAGAGAGCGCCAGAGUUUGAUUGAAUCACCGAAUUAUCCGGACACUUAUCCGUUCAACAGCUGCGUCGAUUAUGUUAUCCGUUCGCCCUAUCGCUGUCCGACCAAAUUUCACGUGCAGUUCCUUGACUUUCAGCUGGAGCUGUCGGAGAAUUGCAGCCGUGAUUAUUUGGCUGUCGGACUGCAGCAGGAUGAGCGCGAUUUGGACGUGCUCUGCGGCCAGGUGCGAGGCAUUAAAAAGUAUCAGACGCCGGACGGAAUACUGCGUUUGAGAUUUUUAAGUGACGACUCGCCCUGGACUACGGGCGGUGGCUUUCGUCUGCUGGUGACGCGCUUGGCCUGCGAGCGAGAGGAAGUGACGGCACGUGGCUUGGAUACGGACAGCGGCGACGAUGAUGACACGGUGCAGGUAACUGCUCAGUUGCCAAGCAGGAAACAUCACCCACAUCAAGGUGUGGCACAUCGCAAUUUCACACUGCCUGCUGCUUAUCCGGCUUUGCCGCCGUAUCCAGGCUUUUCUGGUGGGCUUUAUUUGCCCGCUGCUCCGCCGUGCAAUGAUGAAAAGUUGCCGCUGCAGCAACAGCAGCAGCAACAGUUGCAGCAGAUACAAAAGCAACUGCAGCAGCAGCAGCAGCAGCAGCAGCAGCAGCAACAGCAGCCACAGCAACAGUUCCUGCAGCCUCAACAAUUUGCACAGCAGCAACAGUUGCUGCUGCCUCAACAACAGUGGCAACAGCUGCAGCUGCAAUGGCUCCAGCAACAGCAACAGCUAGAGCAACAGCUGCCCAGCAUCUCGGAUCAGUACCAGACGAGCUCCUUCCAAGCACCCAACGCCCUCCUGCGUGAUUACGAUCCACAGUUUGGUGGGCAGGUGGAUCUAUGCUGCAUCAGCAGCUUCAAUCAGGCCCAUUUCUAUUUGUCCAGUCCCGGUUUUCCGCGCACCGUGCUCAACGCUCUGCUGCCCAAUCAGCAGCGCGAUUGCGUCUUCUAUUUGGAGAAGAGUUCGCAGAAUGUCGCCGGCCUGCGCAUUCAAUUCAAAUUCUUCGACUUUGGCCACUCUUCGGGCGGCAUUUAUCCGGCUCAGGUUGUUCCAGGGGUCUCCAGUUGCACCGGGGACUUUAUCGAGAUAGAUGGCCAGCGCUAUUGUGGCUGUCGUUCGGGUCAUAUACACAAAUCCUUUUGGCCACAGGGCCGCAAGGCUUUGCGUUUGCGCAUGGGUCAGUCAAGCGCCACGCCCACAAAUGGCUUUCUGCUCGAGAUCUUUCACGAUCAGGACACGAGCAACUAUGGGCUGAUUGGCAAUAAUCCUUUGACUCAGCCGGGUCUUGGUGGCUAUCAGCCACAGCUGGCUGGGCUACAGCCCCAGCUCGGAGGACUUCAGACACAGUUGGGUGGAUUACAGUCACAGCUCGGAGGACUUCAGCCACAGCUCGGAGGACUGACACAAUUUGGUGGACUGCAGUCGCAGCUCGGCGGACUUCAGUCCCAGUUUGGCUUAGUAGGCUAUCGGCCUAGUUUGGUCGGCUAUCAGCCACAAUCCUCGCUCUGGCCCAGCUAUCCGGGGCGCCUGCCCAGCUACCCGCUCUCGCCGCUCUCUCCACUCCUGCCCACGCCCUAUCGCCAAUCUCGGCAGUCCGGCUCCUGGGCCUACGCCCGCGGCCUGGAUGCCCAGCAGCCCUCGCGUGUGGUGGAGACCAACUCCACGCGCAAGGAGUUUUACUACUUCGAUGCCGACGAGGCUUUCGCUCGAGCCGCCCUCGACAACGAUGAGGGCGAUGUGAAGGCGACGUCGACGACGACACCGAGGCCGGUGAAGCUUAGCACGAAGGCUUUCGAGCAGAGCAGCUGCACCUUCGACUACAUGGAGGUGUUGCGCCUCUCUGUGGACACGCUCUGGCUGACCAAGCCCAUCUGCUUUGCCCCGAUACGCAGCUGGUUUAGCAAUAUUUUCGGCUAGUUCUGA